CUUCAACAUAUUCUUGAUCGAGGUCAUUUUGUCUUUUCAUAUGGGGUUGGGGUGCAAAAACAAAGUUUUCUAAAAACGAGGUGCAAAGUCUAACUUGGACAAUAAAAUGGGGUGCAAACUCAAAUUACCCCUUAAAAAUAACCCCCUUAAUUUUGGGAGAGAUAUUUAGCUAUAAAUACCCCACACUUCCCCGUUGGGUUGCAAAUCAUAAAUUACAUAGAUAAUUAAGCUUCCAACUUAAGCAGUAAUUUGUUUGUUUGUGGUCUCCAGAUUCUCGGCCGACCACAAAAGAAAUUAAACAUGAUGAAUAUUCGAAGCUGCGGCCACUUUGUCUGUGAUGAGGAUGAAAAGGUGCCGCCGCCGCCGCAUUCGUGUCAUCGGGAGACAGGCUCCGACGACGAUGACGUCACCAUGUACGACGAACUGGAUUCCCCCGAACAAUCGUCCACCAUUUCCUCCUCCGACGACGGCGCUUCCGAGAUGAGCAGCAGCAUGAACGACAACUGUUCCGGCGGCGGGUGGAGCUUUCUCGUGGAGGAGCUGCAGGCCGACGCGGCGGGGGAGGUGGCGCACGUUCAACCGCGCCGUAUGAAGCGCUCCUUGUCCACUCUCAGUUCCAAAAGCCUGGAGAUGUGUACUGAGGGCUUGGGCUGUGAAACUGGCUUCGGUAUUACCCAAAGCAUGGACGACCUGCUGGGCAAUCCGGCGCCGGCGCCGGAGGGUAGUUUCGCUCCGCCACCGACCAUGCCGGCCGGGAGGCCGCCGGUGAUGAUUGCGAGCAGGAAGUUCAACAGAACCAAGAGCUUCCCGCCUCCUCUAAGUUCUGCGAAAGAUCAGCAGCGCGAGGAUGGGGUGAAGAUGUUGCUGCGGCGUCGGGAAGGCGGCCGGUUGGUGGUGACCGCCGUGUGCCUAACCCGACCCGACUCUUUCUUCCGAGAAAACAGGUCGGGCGGGAGGCUUAGGCUGUCCUUCAAAAUGGGUGCGGCGGAUUUGGAGGACGUUUGUGAAGAAUCAAUUGAGGAUUGAUUAAUUAAUUAAUGAUAAUAAUGAUGAUGGAAGGAAGGUUGCACAAAACUAAAGGUUUUUGUUGGCUCCAUACUAUAAAAAUGAUGGAACGUCGCUUUCUUGCUCCUUGCUAGCUUUCCCACAAUAUAUACGUACUUCCCUUUGAUCCUUUAAAACACUACACAUACACAAACUAUACUUCACUUCUUUUAAAUUUUCUUCUUUUAAUAUAUUUAGCCCCCCACACUUCUAAUAUAGAAGUAACCUUUAUUUCAGUCUCUGCGUAUAGCAAUGUCACGCAUGUUUUCUUUAAUUGUCUGUCCCAUUUUGGUUGUCCUAUUUUUUUUUUUGGUUGUCCCAAAAUGAAUGUCAUGUUUCCUUUUUUGGCAAGAAAUAUGUGAUUCUUAUCAUUUCACUUUAUUCUA